AUGAGAGUUUGUGCACUUUUAUGUAUGAUAGUUAUAGUUCAUUGCACUUAGAUCACAAAGUAAUUAAGUCAUUUAUAUGAUUAAGCUAGGCAAGUAUGUUUGAAGAAUAAUUAGGAAAAUUAAGUAACAGUAAAUUAGGCAAAACUAUAUUAAAUAUGAUAACAUUGCAAUAAUUUACAGAAGUAGAUUUUAGUCCUUUGUUUACAGCAUUAGAUGAUAUUGUUGCAUCAACUCAAUAAGCAAAAUAAGAUGAGACAGAUUAAUUAGAAAACUAUUACUAAUAAUUUUUAAGUGAUUCUGAGUUCUACUCUACUUAAGUUACUGAAUAUAGUACAGAAGUAAAAUAAAAUUGUAUGUAAAAAAGGUUGCUUAACAUCAAAGUGAUAUUACAACUUUUAAAAAGGAUAGAAACAGUUUAUAAUAAUCCUUAUAUGAUAAAACUCAAUAAUUAAAUGAUGCUUAAAGAACUUAAGCUUAAUUAUAAAGAACUGUAUAAAAUAGUGAUUAAGCAACAUCGAAAAAGGUAGGAGAAUAUGAUUCUUCAAUUUCUAUUAUUGAUUAAGUAAUUGCUAAAUUAUCAGUUUUAAAAUGUAUUCAAUAUUUUUAAAUAAAGAAUCAUCAUUUAUUUAAGUCGAAUUAGAAGAUUUAAGUGUUUCUGCAGCAACUUUCUCAAGAAGAUUAGGGGAAUUAACUCAUCUUCCUCAUUUAUUUGAACCUUUAUCAAAAGUUCUCAUUUAAAUGAGUACUUAAGGGUAAAUAUAUAUCAUAUACAAUAGUUUUGCUGAUUAAGAAUAAGCAGGAAAUGCUAUUAAAUUACUUCAUACUUUAAGAGAAGAUUUAGUAGCUUCAAAAUAAGGAUUGUAAAUGAAUGCAUAAUUAGAAAAAGAUACUAAUAAUGAAAUGUUAAAUUCAUUGGAAAAUACUAUCAAUUUGUUAAAUAAUGAAAUUAUACCAUAAUUGAAAGCAGACAUAGAAACUAAAGAUGGAGAAAUCAAUACAAAAUAAGGAUUAUUAUCAGAUGCAUAAACUAAUUUAAAUAAUGCUCAAAGUAAUCUUGAUAAUGUUAAUGCUGGAUGGUCAGCCAGGUAUUCAAAUUAAAUUUAUUAAGAUAAUAACAAAAUAAAUAAUUGAAUGAUGGAUGGGAUAAUGAAUUAAUGUUAUUAUCAUAAGCAGAAUCUGCUUUAGAAAGAGGUGGAAUAAGAAGAUGA